AUGGAUAGCCUCGACUUCCCCGACCACGAUCGCAUCUUCCUGGAACCCCAUCUGCCACCCAAAAAUGGCGAUGGAAAAGCCAGAUCGGCAUCUCUCCCCUUCACCACCCUCACCUUCGCCACAUCCCUCGACUCAUCAUUGGCUCUCUCCCCCGGCACCCGGACGGUCCUGUCCGGGCCGCAGUCCAAAGCCAUGACGCAUUAUCUCCGCUCCCGCCAUGACGCCAUCCUCAUCGGCGUAGGCACCGCCGUGGCCGACAAUCCAGGCCUGAACUGUCGAGUGACAGGGGUGGGUGGCUACGGCAGCGAGGGUCUGACCGGCCAGCCACGGCCUAUCAUCAUCGACCCCUCCGCGCGGUGGGAGUUCACAGCGCAGUCGAAGAUCUUCGAGCUCGCCCGGAAGGGGCGCGGAAGGGCGCCGUUUAUCAUCACCGCUGCGGAGACGGUUCCUCCGUCGGCACAGAAGGAGGUCCUUGAACAGCACGGCGGAAAGUUUAUUGCUCUUCCGGUGGGGACGACCGUCGAGGGGACGCAUCGGAUUGACUGGACCGCGCUGCUGGAGUGUCUCAUGCGCGAGGGAUUGAAGAGCGUCAUGAUCGAGGGAGGGGGAUCGAUUAUUAACUCGCUGCUGGAACCGAGUUGCCAGUCGUUGAUUGAUUCGGUGAUUGUUACGAUUGCUCCGACUUGGCUGGGACAGGGAGGCGUGAUUGUCUCCCCGCAGCGGAGGGUUGAAAAUGGGGUGGUGGUUCCGGCAUCGCGGUUGACGGGAGUGAAGUGGUACCCGUUUGGGGAGGAUGUGGUUCUUUGUGGAAGGAUCAAGGAUGAUUGA